CGGAAUUCGAAAUUGCUAUCAUGUUCCAUCAUUCUUUACAGAAGAUGUUGUAGUGAAAUAUUUUUAUUUAAAGAAUCAAAUUAAAGCAUUUGAGGAUUUUGAACUUAUCCACACAAAAUUGGUGAAUAUGGUUAUAAGAUUUGCCUUAGUACACUACGC